AUGCCACCAAUUGACUACUCGACAUGGGACGUAUUCACAGACUUGGACUCUGAUCAAGAAUUGCCUCCUCAGGUCUCAAAGCCAGCUCAAGCCGCGAAAACUACGCUGUCGACUUCAGCUGCCACAUCCACCAUCGCAACCUCCACUUCCCCGACGCCCUCUUCCAACAACACAAUCAAGGCCGUGAUCGUGCGGUGCGGGGGAGACAUUAGGGGACGACCAUGGGAAGCGACAACCAUACCCUCGGACCACGCUGUCUUCAACAAAAGUGUCCCGCCAGUCGCUGCCUUGCUCGAUCUCCUCAUCGUCAUCCACCGACUGGGAACGCGUGACAACGGGCAGUUUCGCAACAUUGAAAAUCAGGCCAUCACUCAUCUCAAUGCCGAAACGAAAUCGGGACUUGCACCACCUCAGUGGCAGUCGGGUAUUGGCAGUGUGAUUGUGGCUCGCAAAGACAGAAAGUCCCUCUCGCCGGAACACUACUAG